GCAUCAGAAACCCAUCAUUCCUCAUCUAAAAAACCAAAACACCUCCUCCCUCCGCUUUCACCGUUCGUUGUCAUGUCGUCCGGAGAAGUUACUUCGCCGAACCGCACAUCAGCCGACAAGAAACUGCUCGAAACGUGCCAUAAACUCCUCAAAUCACGAGACUUUAUCAGCGUUCGGUAUAUCAUUCAACUGAAUCAGUUGGUAAGAAGUAAAAAGCAUGAUGAUGAUAAGUUUGAGCAAGCGGAAGCCAUCUGCGACGUUCUCAUAGCCGCAGAGAACCGGCUUCCAAACGGGUUAAAGGAUUAUUACGGCAUGAUUAGGGUGAACCGAUUCGGACCGGUUUUAUUGGAGGACUUCGAGAAAUUGAUGAAGCUUCUUGAUAAGACGCAUAACCAUUUCCCAUUUAGCCAAGAAGCAGCUGAUAAAGCCUCGCUAGCUUGGUCUUUGCUGUCUAAACCACCCAUCAAGGCCCAUUACGAUCUCGCUAUCUCCGCAUUUUGCCGAGAGUGUAGCAAAGGAAAACGAAAGUUGGGUUUUCAUGAAUCCUUUAUCCCCAAGAAACAAAUUGAGUUAGAGCAAGGGAUGCGUCCGAUUUCACGAUGUUACAAUCCAACCGUGUAUUCGACAACAAUGGGAAGAAAUUUCCUCGCAGGUGCAGCCACAAGCAGCAAGCUAUUCUCCAGAGGUUUCUCAGUCACAAAGCCAAAAUCGAAAACCGAAUCUAAAGAAGUCGCUGCAAAGAAACAUAGUGACGCAGAGAGAAGGAGACGGCUUCGGAUUAAUUCCCAGUUUGCAACUCUCCGCACCAUUCUUCCAAACUUGGUCAAACAGGAUAAAGCAUCUGUGCUUGGAGAGACUGUCAGGUACUUCAAUGAAUUGAAAAAGAUGGUUCAGGACAUACAAACCACACCAUCUUUAGAAGACAGCUUGAGAUUGGGCCACAGUAAUAACAACAGAGACUUGGCAAGAGUCGUGUUCAGUUGUAGCGACAGAGAUGGGCUAAUGUCGGAGGUAGCAGAGUCAAUGAAAGCAGUGAAAGCAAAGGCGGUGAGAGCUGAGAUCAUGACAGUAGGUGGAAGAACCAAGUGUGCCUUGUUAGUUCAAGGUGUAAAUGGGAAUGAAGGAUUGGUCAAGCUCAAGAAAUCGUUGAAACCUGUAGUGAAUGGUAAAUCAUCAUCAUCAGAGGCGAAAAACAACAACAAUGGAGGAUUGUUGUUGACUCAGCAGCAAUGAGUAUUUUCUUUAUAUACUUGUACAUCUCUGUUUCUCCUAGUCCAUUAGAGAAGGUAGAUGUAAAGGUAUACAAGCCCAUGUGUUAUUGAAAUUGGGUGGAUACUUACAAGAGUCUAAAUGAAUAAAAUGAUGCAAUUCUU